AGGACAGCAGCGGAGACCGGGCGGGUGCUGAGUGCAGCAUCACUGGUUGGGGCACAACCUCCUCGUCUGGACCCACGCCUGACACCUUGCAGGAAGCGCCAGUGACGCUUUUGAACAAGAGCAGCUGCGUGAACGCCUAUGCCAAGGAAAAUGACACUGUGACGGACAACAUGCUUUGCGCCAGUGGGCACACACCGGGCGGCAUCACCGACAGUUGCCAGGGUGAUAGUGGAGGACCAUUGAUUUGUCAGGAGGAUGGACGCUUCGUGGUUCGUGGGGUGACCUCCUGGGGCGAGGGCUGUGGCGUUGAGGGAUUCCCAGGGGUCUAUGCCCGAGUGUCGACGGCAUUGUCAUGGAUUCGGGAUGUCAUGGACGGCAAGGUGAAGCAAUCCGACUUUGACACCGACUCCGAUGUGGACUUUGGAGGUGCUAUGUGGGCUGUGGUAGCUGGAGACUGUGUCAUGGAUGCGCAGAAAUGCAUUUCAUCUCCACACUUCCCCCAGAACUACACCUCCGCAGACUAUUGUCGCAUCGCAGUGAACCAUACGGCGGCACUGCCCAUCGAGGUGGAAGGUUUUGAGACAGAGUCCAACUAUGAUACCCUCACCGUGAAUUGUGAGGCCUUCUCAGGA